CAUCUACCACAACAUCAGCUGACUUUGUUGCACAGGAAGCUUCACCAGACUCACUGAAGUGCCCCUCACAAGCCCACAGCCACAGACAUGUUUCUCCACUGUUAUGAGAUGUGGCACUCCAGGAAUGAAGAUUAGGAUAAGUGAAGUAUAAUUUUACACCCACCACACGUGACAGAAUAAAUUCAUUGCUGAUCUCUUCUCUUCUUCGUCAUCACUGGUAUGCUGCAAUAACCGUUAAUGACCACCAGAUGUCAUCCUUCUGACUGAGUUGAAGCAGGGUACAAUGGUUACCCUGCAAAUACACAAUCACUUUUAAUUGCGUUAUUUGAAUCAUCCAAAUACAUUACACAAUCCAGUCAGUCACACACUCAGGUCGGGAGCAUGCCCAAGGCUCAUUCACAUUUGCAGCCUUGAUCUUUUUUUUUUAUAUCAAGGUUGCAAAUGCAGCCCACUGCUCCUCAGCCUCCAUUCACAAAAUCAGCAUCAGUAGUGUUGAAGAAGUUACAGAGUGGCCAUGAGAGAUAAAUUAGUCUCCAAGUCUCCAAUCUUAACUGAGUUUCAAAAUGUUCACAAUUCUCUCUCUCUCAUAUAUACGGCCAUUUUCAUAAUGUAACAUUGUGGUGCACUCUUUGUAGCUGAUCAUAUUUUGUUCAAAUCAAGUCCCCUGAUGGUUAAUAAAGGUGUCCCACAAGGAUCAAUAUUAGGUCCCCCUCUAUUUACUUUUUGCAUAACAUAUUUAUUUUCAUAUUUAUUUAUAUAUAUAGAUAUAUAUAUAUAUGAUGACAUCACCUAAUCACUUUAAGGUUCUCAUUAUAACUUAUUGAGCACUCCACAGACAGGCCCCUAUGUACAUUUCUGACCUGCUGCUACCUAACAUCACCAGCAGGUCACUUAUAGUUCUUCCGACCAGGACCUACUUGUUGUCCCUCGCACACGAUUAAAAACAAAAGGUGAUGGCGCAAAUGGAAGCCAUGGCUCCGUCACUAUGGAAUGCUCUUCCGGCUGACAUGAAAUCUGCCGGCUCUGUUGAUGCAUUAUUUAUUCAAACUGGCCUUUGUGUAGUUUUCUGCCAUUUUUUUUUGUCUGACUGGCACAGUUUUAAUUAAUCAUUGUAUGCUUUUGUAUUCCUGUAGGCACUUUGUGACCUACUCUGUGAAAGGUGCCAUAUCAAAUAAACUUGACUUACUAACUAACUUAAUUACUUACCUUGUACGCCAUCAGCUCUACUGCAAACCAGACCUUAACCAGGUAACAGUCUGCCUUUGACAAUCUCCACACCAAUUUUAUUUCCAUAAAGUGUUUUCUGAACACAUUUCACAACAGCAUAAAGCUUCCUUACUUCUGUUAAGAAUAUUGGAAGUUGAUAAUCCAAAAGAUACUAUAGAAUAUGAAAUAUUUAAUACAUUUGGUUAGAUAUAGCUCAAAAUCUCAAUUCUAUUUUGAUUCACUCAGAAACAGAAAUAAAUUACAUCUACAUCUAAUUUACUAACUGCACUCAAUAAUGGAGAUAUCAUGUAUGCUAAUGCAAAACAAGCAAUUCAAAAAACAGCAAUUAAUUCCACUUCGCAGAAAUUUGUCCUACUGGUCCCGUGAUGACAGAGUGAGCAGGUUGAAUCAGUGAUUAAAUAUUAGGUGGGCAGCAACAGAAACUAGAUCAGAGACAGAUUAUUAUGAUAAUGAACCUUUGUCCUCUUAUCUUAAGAUUUUGUGGCUCAUUCUUUGUUUUAGACCUUUAUGUUUUACUCAAUAUUGCGUCAAAAGCGUCCUCCACUUCCUCUGCAGAACACAGCACAAUAAGGACGAGAGGACAGACCGCGGUCCCCACACAGAUUCCUCAGCUGGGCAGAAUGUUUGAUCUGAAUUCUGAAGCUGUUUGUUUGCCCCGGGUAAAUGGGGCUAUUGUAUGCAAAUAUAGGGCCCAGAAGCAUAUGACCUCCCCAGUGCAGGGCAGUGGCUAGUGUGAGAGAAAUCAUUAGCAAUGCAAAGUCAUGGUGCUCUGAUACUCUUGUUCACAGUCACAGAUUGAAAAAAAAAAUCGUCUAAUGUCGAUAUAAAAGUUUCUGGAUGUACUUUAUUCCAAACUGGAGCUGAAGACCCGGAACCAAAGAUGAACUGGGCAUCGUUUUAUGCUGUCAUCAGCGGUGUGAACAGACACUCCACAGGCAUCGGUCGCAUCUGGCUCUCUGUCCUCUUCAUCUUCCGCAUCCUGGUGCUGGUGGUCGCAGCAGAGAGUGUGUGGGGCGACGAGAAGUCCGGCUUCACCUGCAACACACAGCAGCCGGGCUGCAACAGUGUCUGCUAUGACCACUUCUUCCCCAUCUCUCACAUCCGCCUGUGGGCGCUUCAGCUCAUCCUGGUCUCCACUCCUGCCCUGCUGGUGGCCAUGCAUGUGGCCCACCGCCGCCACGUCGACAAGAGGCUCUACAGACAGUCGGGACGGGCCAACCCCAAAGACCUGGAGCAGAUAAAGACCCAGAAGAUGAAAAUCACAGGUGCUCUCUGGUGGACGUAUGUCAUCAGCCUCUUCUUCCGUGUUGUCUUCGAGGUCAUCUUCAUGUAUUUGUUUUACAUGAUCUACCCUGGUUACAAGAUGAUCCGUCUGGUGAAGUGUGACUCGUACCCCUGUCCCAACACCGUGGACUGCUUCGUGUCGAGGCCCACAGAGAAGACUGUCUUCACCGUGUUCAUGCUGGCAGCGUCGGGGGUUUGUAUUCUGCUCAACAUUGCAGAGGUGGUCUUCUUGGUGGGGAAGGCCUGUAGUAAGCAUUUGCACGAUGCUGGGGACUCAACUAUGGGAGCAUGGAUCCAACAAAAACUCUGCUCAUUCUAAAAAAAAUACACAGAUUCCAUACCUGCACAUAGGAAUGUGAUAGUGAUCUUGGAUCCAGGCAGCAGGAUAUGAUUUAACUAAUAAAAUAUAGAAUAUACUGUACAUCACAGUUUGACAUGGUGAUGAUUUAUCCAGUGGUUAUAAUCUCAGUGAACUCAGUUUCACAUUAUUGUGCACCAGACUUGAAGUGAGCACUUUCACUGAAAAUACUAUACACACAGACACACACACACACACACACACAGACACACACACACACACACAGACACACACACACACACACAGACACACACACAUACACAUAUAAAUGUUGGAACUUGUGCCACGAACAAAACACUGUAAACAGCUGCACUUACAGCAACAACAAUAAUAAUGAUAACAUGAUAUAAUAACUUAACGUUUGGCCAAAUAAAGAUCAAUGAAGUAAUAGUUUUUAAAAUCGGACCACAUCACAGGCUUUCUUUGUCAUGGUCUUUUUUAAAUUUUGAUCAUGAUGAAGUUUUUUGGUCUAGAAAUGAAAUAAUUACGUUAAGAUUGUGUCUGCUGAUAAUACAAUGCAUUUCCAACAUUUCUGGUAUCUUCAUUUAUAAUAUUCCAUUAUUUACAUAAAAUGUGACCAAAAAGGACACUUUGUCUAAACUACGAUGAAUUGAAAUAAAGGACUGGGGCAUUUGUGGCUUUUCUUCAGCUGUCAUAAGUGAGAUGUUAUACUAACACAUGGGAAAUAUGUUGCGUUUCAUGAAUGUUAAAUGACAUAGUGUUUGUUUAAUACGGAUUCCUGGUGGUUAAAUGGCUCCUUUAGAAACAGAGAUAAAAUUUAAGACAGAAAAUAAAAAUUAUAUUUCAAUUUA